UUCAACAUUUUAAUGAUAUAAACAACCGGAAAUUAGAAGGAUCUAAAAAAAUUAUAGCAACUUUCGAAGACAUGCAUUUAAAUAUAGAAUAUGAAAAGGAAUAUUUGAGGGAAAAAUACGAUAUUUUUGGCAUAAAACCUGAGAAUAAAUAUAUAAAUUUAAAAGAAAUUCCACAAAUUGUUAGUGAGUUGAAAAGUGAUGAGUCUACGUUGAUUAUAAUGAUACAGUGUAAUGUUUUAAAUUUUUUAAUAAAUUUAGGUUAA